AUGUCUUCCCGGGCAAAUGGGUCACGUCAAAAUGGCGAUGAUGACGAAGUAUGCCCCGUCUGCAAGUCCUCUAGGUACCUCAACCCGGAUAUGCGCUUCCUCAUAAACCCCGAAUGCUACCAUAAAAUGUGCGAAUCCUGCGUGGACCGCAUUUUCUCCUCUGGUCCUGCCCCCUGUCCAGUCGCUGGCUGCCGCAAGACGCUCCGAAAAAACAAAUUCCGCAAACAGACCUUUGGGGACCUUGCGGUUGAGAGGGAAGUCGAUAUCAGAAAACGUGUGAUGGGAAUUUUGAACCGGCGAGAAGAUGAGUUUGACAAUAAACGAGCUUGGGAUGACUUUCUAGAACAGCGAGAGGAAAUCAUAGCCAACCUCGUAUACGAAACAGAUGUGGCUAAAACGGAAGCCCAACUAGCCCAGUACUCAGCUGCAAACUCCGCUUCAAUUCGCCAUAAUAAGGACCUGGCCAGACAGGAAUACGCAUCCUUCGAACAACACCAGUCCGAGGAACAGGAGGAACUCCGUCGACGCCGCGAGGCUGCCAGGCAAGACUACGAGAAUGAAAGGAAAGCCAAACUUGCUAGCCGGGAGGAUAUAAUCUCCCGUCUAGUAACUGGUGACGCAGCAGAUGCUGCAGCGGUAGCUCGAGAGUCAGAAAAGGCUCAUCAGCUUAAGAAGUCCUCUGCCAGACGCAGCGAGGAGGAACGGAUCAAACGAAAACAAGCUGCUUUACGAGCUGCAGAGACGGCAGGCAAGGGCCCAUUGGCUACUGGGGCUGCCGGGUCGGUACCCGGCAAUGCUGCUGCUGGUGGUGCGGGUCUGAUCAAGGGAUUGAGGAAGAUUAAAACCCCCGAGCCCGAGAAGCCGUAUGAUCCGUUUGCUGGUGCAGCCACACUUAAUAGUCGUGACUAUUAUAAACUCCAGGAGCAAUAUCCGUCUUCAUAUCUCGACCCCUUACGAGAGGAUGCGAGGGUUCUUGCUGGUGGGUAUGACCUACGAGAAUAUUAUGAAAGGACCUUACUUGAAGCUUUUGCGGGCCUUGGUUGUUUUGUUGGAGAAGAAGUUACUGCAAGAGAAAAGUUGGGCUCAGCCUCUUCGUCUUCUAUGGCUACGCCAUCAGCUCAGAGGAUGUCUGCAAAGCCAUCUCCUACGUCUUCUUUGCCUGCCAAACGAAGAGCGCAUGGCACUGAAAGCAAAGCACAGGACAGUGAUGAUUUGUUUUAG